CUUCUUCAGAAUAGAACAACACCAGAGUCAAUUCAAUUAUGGACUACUUUGGGCUCCCUCGGGGAUCCAUCAGAGCAGAGGCUUUGCAAAAAUUAGCGAAGUUAUCGGUAGAAAAUACUCCUUCAAAUUUGCAAGAAAACUUACCUCAGGAAGUUGUUAAAGAUACUUUUGCUUCUUUAUUGGGUGAAACUCCUAAGGUUGGUAAACCAAGGGGGAAAGUUUUCCCUUCCGAUGAAGAUGAAGAGGAAAGUGAUGAUAACUUAGGUGGGAUUGAGCCGGAAUUGAAUCCAUUAUCCCAAAUUGCAAUCACUCCUAAAGAAUAUGAAGUUUUAAUCGCUUUAUGUCAAGCAACGAAAACUGACAUGAAAUUUCCAAAACAAGCUAAGUUGUUAUUAGCUAAGCUUAGAUUAUACUUGCUUGAAUUGCCAAAUCAAAAGUUUUCUUCUGCAAUUACUGGUAAAAUCCAUAAUUCUUCACCUUGGUAUAUUUUAGGUGAAAAAUUAACGAUUGCCUUAAUUGAUUUGGCCUAUAAAUUUGAUUGUUUGUACUUGGAAGAGGUUUUAGAGAUCUUUAGUGAGUUUAACACUAUUUUCUUCAGAGAGCAGGCUUAUGAAUUGUCGAACUAUUUCAGUUUGUUAGGGGUGAUUCAAGGUUUAACCGUAUCUGGUAAAAUCUUGACUCAUUCUCCCAAAGCUUUUAAAAUUUUCAUUACUUUGGAUACUUGUAUUGAUAAUUUCGAAUUUUUGAACGAAGUUGAACUUUACUCUAAUUCUCUCUACUCUAAUCCUGAUAAUGAAUAUUCAACUUUGUUAGAUGAAGAUAUCGUUAUUGAUUUCUCUCCUGUCCUUUUCAUUGAAUGUUUGAGUAAAUUAAUGUGCUCAAUUUUGAAUUCGAUCUUGGGUAACACGACUGAGCCCCUUCUUGACUACUUGUUAACCAGGGUUUCUAGAAGUUUUGAUCAAGUUGAAGCCAAUGGUGACGGCCAAUUAAUUUAUCCUCCACAGUCUAGUGGAUUGGAGUUGACUGAAUAUCACAUGGACUUAAUUAAGACUUUAUCUGACAUUGCUAUUCAAAAAAUUGAAUUUUUAGAUAGAGGUGAAACCUAUAUUGUCUAUUCAACUUUUACAAGAUUGAAAAUUGGUUAUUUGGCGAAAAGUCAUAAUUUACAAGCAAUUGCUUGCGGUACUUUCACCGACAAUAUCGAUGCAAAAGUUGCUAAAAAGAUUUUUAAAAAUUGUUUAUCAAUCUAUGAUGUAAUGUUAGAUCCUCACUUAGGUUCAAGUGUUAUUCAAUUAGGUUCAUUAUUGGUAUAUAAAGAUCCAAGUGUUUCAAGUUCUUUGACUAGAGCAUUCACUUCUUUGGUUGCUAAUCCUAAAUUUCAAUCUUCCUAUUGCCUGGAAGCUUCCAAAAGUGUUGGUUUGGCCAGUAAAGUCUUGUCACAGGAUACUGUUGUAACCUCAAUUUAUGCUUUGACUAAUUUACUUUUUGUCCAUAAUGAAGGUCUUCAAUAUAAGGCUAAAUCAAGAAGAAAUACUGCCUUGAGUAGUGCUUCAGUUAGAGAUUUUGGAACUAAUAAUUUAGCUGCUCCAUACCCAACUUCAAAAAUGUCAAGACAUGCUUCCCUUGAUUCUGUUCAAGAAAAUGAAAUUAGCAAUCAAAAUCAUUUGGUCAACGGUGAUAAAAAUAAAGCUCCUGCUGAUUAUGAUGACUAUGAUUAUAGUAAAGUUUGCGAAAAUGCAAUUACUGCAAUCAUUUUUAUUUCUAAACUUUGCAAUGAUGAGACCGUCAGUACUUUGGCCGUUACCAUCUUAUCACAAAAAACUAGUAAAUUGGAUUCUCAAAUGGGACCUUUGUUAUUGAGAGGUUUGAGUUCUUGUGCUCCUUUUUUGCCAGAACGUGAAUUUAUAAUAUUAGUCAAGUUGUUGAACAAAAUGUCUUUAGACGCUUAUGAUAGUAAUAAUCAGGGCUUACUAAAAUCUUUGAUUGAUGCAAGAAUUGACAUCUCUCAUAAAUUGGAACAAUCAAAUCCUUUAUACAAAAUUUAUUUACAAGAAAUCUUACAAGCUAUUAUUAGUAAAGGGGAUGUUCAAGUUUUAGAACACCAUAGAUCUCAUAACGAAAUUAGCGAAAUUGGUGAUCAAAUUGGUAUUUACUUAGAACCAUUAGCUGAAUUGUUACCCAAUGUCCAUAAAGAAGAAAAACCUUUGAAAAUCUCUGACACAACUACUAUUAAUUUAUUUAGAAACAUUUGGUUUAACAUGGUUGUUCAUGGUUAUUCAAUUACUUCGGAAAAUGCUAGAAAAUACAAUAAGGAAUUAGAAAGAAUUGCUUAUAAUUCUCCACCAUUAGCCUCAGAAUUAUCUUGGGAUAGAACUGAAACAUCAUUGGAAUUGAACACUGUUUUGAGAAGAGGUUCUUCAAAUCACAAUGUUAAAGACCAUAAACACAUUGUUGGUGAUAUAUUUGAAGUACACCGUAAUUUGUCUUAUCCAAAACUAAUGUUUUUAGCUGCUACUAUUUUUGUGGAAUCUUUAAGGGUUAAACUGGGUGAAUGUUCCACAAUUUUAUAUUACUUUUCGGACCCUUCUAUCAAAACAAGUGGUUUAGAUAAGUACAUUGGCUACAUUCUGUUCAAAAUUGUUAAAGACUUUAUUCAUUUAAUUAAUCGUGGUGCCAAUAAUCAGUUUAGUUCAGAAAACAUUGCAAAACAAUUAACUAAUAUGUUGGCCUUAUGUUCGCAUAGAAUUGAAGAUUUGCAAGAUGCUGCCUUACAGUGUUCUGAUUUAUUAAUCAAUAAGGUCCCAUCCUCCUUGUGUCAUCAUAAGAGUUUAUUUGCACUCUUUGAUAUAUUGACUUUAUUGUUUGAUAGUAUUGUUGAUGCCGAUUUAAAUCAAUAUGAACCAACAUUUUCAUACCGUGCAAAAAAGACUGGAAUUCAUUUGCAGUUAUCAGAUUCUUACACCUGGCGUAACGAUACUUUCAACAGAUUUUUGGAAAAGCUGAAGCAUUGGGUUAAGCUAAUUUUAAUUAAAUGUAAUAUAGACUCCAAAAGUUUGAUUCAAUCUUACGUUAGUGAUCUAGAUAGAUUCCAAUCGAAUGAAAAAAUUCAAUAUGGUGUAUCUUUCGCUUUAGAAAUGGCUGGUGGUAUUUUCCCUAAUGAUCGUGAAUUAUCAAAUAUUCCACCAAUUGGCACUAGCGCAGGUAUCACUGUUGACAAUGUUAGUUCAUCGAACUUAACUACUUCUUCGAGUGCAGGUGCUAGAAUGAAUUUAUUGCCAGUAUUUGUAUCACAAUUAGGUUGGAGAAGUAACUUUGUAUCUGAGUUGAUGCAUAAGGUCCCUUUACACACUCAAGAAGAUGCUGAUAGGGCAUUCAGAUUAUUGAGAGAAGAAGUUCAAACCGUUAAAAUUAGGAUUCAGGAUAAACUGCAACAUAUUGAAAACAGUAUUGUUAUUGAUUUGUUGAGCCAAAUAGCUGGUUUUGCGCUUAUUAGUGAAGACAACACGGCUGAAUUAAUUAGGCAUAUUGUUGAAAUUCCAUUUGCGAUGUUUGAAGCACAUAUUAUGCAAGCAGCUGUUGGUAUUUGGUUUGCAGUUAUGAAAGAUAGACCACAAGUAUCUGUUUUAUUAUUGAGUGAAAUUGGUAAACGUUGGGAAGCUUCAAUUGAAUUAAAGCAAGGUUUAUUUAAUAAAAGCCAUGAUAUUAAAAAUCCUGAAUUCAAUAAAAUGGAGUAUAAACCAAGUGACUAUAAAACAUUGGAUAAAGUAUCUAAAGUUACUAGCCGUACAUUCCAACCACAUUUAUUAAUAAUCAAAUUGAUUCUGUCACAUUUUGAAGCAACCAUGAAUCAAUCUGAUCAUAUUUUAAAAAUCUUCACAAGAAUUGUUGAAGUUGGAUUGAAAAAUUUGAAUGUUGCAAGUUUGCAUCCAUUUUCAAGAUAUGUUAGGUUUGAAUUCAUUAGAUUUUCAAUUGAUGUUUUAAACUAUCAUAUUAAAUUAGGGUCACGUAGUUUAACAAGAUUAACUUCUUUGAUUUUGGAUGGAUCUUUGAGUUGGUUUAGAUCAAGGGCUAAUUAUCCAUAUGGAACCAAUUUAUUGAAAAUCAAAGCUGAUUUUGGAUUAUUAAAAGAGGUUGCAAGAUUAAUGUCAAUAGUGAAUACAUUUAAGAACGAAACUUUAGAACUGAAAAAGAUUACGUUAAUGUUUUUCCUCGAUGAUGAAAUUAAUAAGAUAGCAGUUUGGUUAAAUCCAUUACAACCAAGUGACUAUAAAGGAUCAUAUAUUCUGAACCAAAUUAGUGGAACUCAUAUUAAAAGGGCAUAUGUUAUUGAUCCAAUUUUAUCAGUUAAUUUAGCAUUACGUUAUAAAGUUAAGAAUUUAGAUGAAUUAUUACAGCAAUUGAUUUUGAGUCAUCCAUUACCAGCUAUAUUUUAUCCUGAUGCAGUACAAUAUUUCAUUGGUAUUAAUGCUGGAGCAAAUAUGCCUAGUCAUUAUUUAUUAUUUUGGGAACCACUUUCACCAAUUGAUGCUAUUACAUUAUUUUUACCACCAUUUGGUAAUAAUCCAUAUAUUUUACAAUAUACCAUGAGAUCAUUAGAAUACCACGACGUUGAUUUAACAUUUUUCUACGUUCCACAGAUUGUUCAAUCAUUAAGAUUUGAUAUGAAAGGAUACGUUGAGAGAUUUAUUAUUGAAACAGCCAAGAUAUCUCAAUUAUUUUGUCACCAAAUCAUAUGGAAUAUGUUGGCCAAUAGUUAUAAAGAUGAAGAUUCAACUGAACCUGAUUCCUUAAAACCCAAAUUAGAUCGAAUCCAGGAAAUUAUGUUAACCCAAUUGAGUAUAGAAGACCAUCAAUUUUAUGAAAAAGAAUUUGGAUUUUUCAAUGAAGUUACUAGUAUUUCGGGUAAGUUGAAACCAUAUAUUAAAAAGACCAAAGCAGAAAAGAAGAUCAAAAUCGAUGAAGAAAUGGCCCAAAUUACUAUUAAAGAAGGAGUUUAUUUACCAAGUAAUCCUGAUGGGGUAUUAAUUGAUAUUAACCGAAAAUCUGGUAAGCCAUUACAAUCACAUGCCAAGGCGCCAUUCAUGGCCACAUUCAAAAUAUUAAGAGAUGUUGAAGAUAUUAAUGAGUAUGGAGAGUCGGUUAAAAUUCCCAUUGAAAGAUGGCAAUCGGCUAUUUUCAAAGUUGGUGAUGAUUGUAGACAAGAUGUUUUGGCAUUACAAUUGAUUUCGGUGUUCCGUACUAUCUGGAGUAAUUGUGGAUUGAAUUUAUUUGUUUAUCCUUAUAGAGUCACUGCUACUGCCCCAGGAUGUGGUGUUAUUGAUGUUUUGCCAAAUAGUAUUAGUAGAGACAUGUUGGGAAGAGAAGCUGUUAAUGGGUUAUACGAAUACUACAUCAGCAAGUUUGGUCCAGAAAACUCGAUUGAAUUUCAGCAAGCAAGAAAUAAUUUAAUAAGAUCUUUAGCUGCUUAUUCAAUUAUUUCUUACUUAUUACAAUUCAAAGAUCGUCAUAAUGGUAAUAUCAUGUAUGACGAUCAAGGUCAUAUUCUUCAUAUUGAUUUUGGUUUCUGCUUCGACAUUGUACCUGGUGGGGUCAAGUUUGAAAACGUUCCCUUCAAAUUAACCCACGAAAUGGUUUUAGUUCUUGGUGGUAAUGAAAAGACUCAAGCUUUUAAAUGGUAUGAAGAAUUAUGUGUUAAAGGUUUUUUGGCUUGUCGCCCAUAUAUGGAAACCAUUGUUCGCUGUGUCAAUCCAAUGUUGGAAAGUGGGUUGCCUUGCUUCAAAGAUACUACAAUCAAGAAAUUAAGACAGAGAUUUGUCCCCAAUAAAAGUGAAAAGGAUGCUCUGCUUUACUUCAAGCACUUGAUCAAAAAAUCAAUGGAAAGCGUUUACACCAAGGGUUACGACGAGUUCCAAAGAAUCACCAACGGUAUCCCUUACUAAUACUACUACUACUAAUACUACUACUACUAAUACUACUACUACUAAUACUACUACUACUAAUAUAUAUCUUUAUAAGAAAUACCAUAAUCGUACAGCCAC